AAGUUGUGCGUUUCUGUUUGAGGUUAUUUUUAUAUAUUUGACCUAAAAGACAUUUUUAACUGAAGUCCUGUAUUAAUAUCCAAAUAAUACUGGGUUUUAAACAGUCUAGAAACGAUAUCCUUCUAGAACUACUUUCAUACAAUGGCUACAUUUUCAAGACUACAUAAAAUUGCUCUUAUCAGCUUAGGUGCUGUAGGUGGUAGUUUAGCAUACUAUACCAUAGGUAAAUCUGAAAAGAAAUUUGAUGUACAAAAUUCUUGGACGGUGAAUUACACACCGAGUGUUAAAUGGGAGAAGAAUUGGGACCGUCGAGAACCACAGUCGAUAGUUCAACCUCCAACACCUAGUAAACCUGAGGAUGAGAACAGAUACAAUGAACAAAUAGAGAAGUCGAAAAGUAAAGCUGUAAGACAUUUAUUCCUCAUUCGUCAUGGACAGUAUAAUCUUGAUGGGGCUACUGAUAAAGAGAGAGUUUUGACUGAAUUAGGUAGGAUACAAGCAGAUGUGACUGGACAGAGGCUGGCAACAUUACAGAUAAAGUGGGACUUACUUGUGAGAUCAACAAUGACCAGAGCACAAGAAACAGCCUCUAUAAUAGCUAAGCAUUUAAGUAAAGAUUUAGAAAUUAAGGACUGUCAGCUGAUUGAGGAGGGAGCUCCAAUUCCGCCUGAACCACCUGUUGGACACUGGGCACCAGAGCCAAGACAGUUCUUCCAGGAUGGCGCGCGGAUAGAGGCCGCCUUCCGGCGAUACUUCUACAGGGCGCCGCCAGAACAGACGCAAGAUUCAUACACAAUACUUGUAUGUCACGCUAAUGUGAUACGGUUCUUCGUUUGCAAGGCCCUACAAUUUCCACCGGAAGGCUGGCUACGUAUAUCAUUAAACCAUGGUUCAAUAACGUGGAUAUCAAUACUGCCCAAUGGUAAUGUAGUACUUCGAGCUCUUAGCGAUACUGGACAUAUGGAACCAAAGCAUAUCACUAGCCGCCGACCCAAAAAGGCAUCGAAACGGCGAAAACUUGAAAGAAAAAUUGAAUAAAACCAACUAUCAGCGUAGAUAAGGAAAAAAAUAGUAACAACAUGAUGUUUUAUUGCAAUAAAUGAAGACUAGAAGAAUUUCGUACCUUAACAAAUAUUCACAAAACUUUAUAAUACUUGUGGCGCAAAAUGCUAAUAUGCUAAUUUCAAAAUAUGCAUAAUAUAGCUUGAAAAAAAAAAAUAGACUGUACUUACAAAUAGCAACACACAGACGAUGGUAUUAUGCUUAAAUAUUUUAAAUAAAAACAAUUUUUACUGCUGGUACAUUUUAGUCGAUUUGACCUCACGUGCCAAUGAGUGACAUCCGAGUAAUUGGGGUUCUAGGAUUUUAUAAGCAAACAUCACCUGAGGAUUUUUUUUUUAAUAAGAUAUUUAAUUCAAUUUCAUAUCAACAGGAAUAACGAACCUCGAAGUGACUUACCUAUUAACAUACGAUGUCCAUGAAUAUCGAAGAGUUUUUAUAUUCUCUGAAUGAUAAAUUGUUUUUUUUUAAAUUAGUAUUUGUUGUUAAAUGUAAGUGCCAAUUGUAGAACUGGUUUAUAGACAAAAUUAAAUAUUAUUAAAUGCAUUUAUUAUAAAAAAUGACAAGUGUUAGACUGUUUGGUGUAGAAAUUAAAUCAGUUUUGGUUGACAGGAGUUUUUAGGCAUAAAUUUUAUUGUUUUGUAUUUUUUGCACCAAUCGUGUAGACAGCUUUGACGUUGGUGACGUCACUAGAAACAAGGACUGGAAGUAAGAGGUCGAGUGUGUGGUUGGUAAUCAAAGUUAGACUCAUUAGAUCUUGUUUUUAUAAACCCUUAUUUUAUUAAAGUAGAUGACA